GGCGCCCCUCGGCCGGUGGCGGGAAACGGGGCACUGGGGGUGGGCGGCGAGGAAGACCCAGCCGCCGCCUUCCUGGCCCAGCAGGAGAAUGAGAUUGCGGGCAUCGAGAACGACGAGGGCUACAACAUCCUCGAAAACGGCGAGGUGCCCGUCGGGAUGCAAGGCCAAGACGCGCUGUCCGCGGAUGCAAUUGAUGGAGUGACGAAUGGUGAUAUCUACCAGGAGAGCAAUGGUCCUACAGAUUGCUAUGCUGCUAUUUCUCAAGCUGAUCGCCUGCAGACAGAACCAGAAAGCAUCCGCAAAUGGAGAGAAGAGCAGAGGGAGCGCCUAGAAGUGCUUGAUGCAAACUCUCGAAAGCAAGAAGCAGAAUGGAAAGAAAAAGCAAUAAAGGAGUUGGAGGAAUGGUAUGCAAGACAAGAUGAGCAGCUACAGAAAACAAAAGCAAACAACAGGGCAGCUGAAGAAGUCUUUGUGAACGAUGUUGAUGAUUCAUCUCCUGGCACCGAGUGGGAACGUGUGGCUCGACUCUGUGACUUUAACCCCAAGUCGAGUAAGCAGGCGAAAGAUGUGUCCCGCAUGCGCUCAGUGCUGAUUUCACUCAAGCAGGCUCCGCUGGUUCGCUGAAGGGAAAGCACACCUUACACUACAAAUGCAAUAUCUAACUUUACUCAGAGAAGCUGUGUUUGCAGUAAUUGGAUUAAUUAUGUUUAAAUGUUUUGUUUGUUUUUGGACCAAACCUCACAAUGUAUUUAGAGUUUGAUCAUUGUUCUGUGAUUGCAUGUUCCUCCUCUGUGUCCUCCUGGUGUCCAAACUGGGAGAAAACUUCCAGAACUGUAAUCUCUAUGCUCUUGUGCAUUGAGAUUUGACUUUCAACUGUACUGAUAUUAAAGGUCUGUUUAAAUUGCG